ACUUUCAUGUCAUUUCCUACUAUAUCUACACUGCCAGAUAAUUUGUAAUGGACAGUUUCACUGAACAAAUGACAGCUAUAUGAGCGUAGGCAACGAAAUUGUUAUCACUAGAUCACACACUUGUAUGAAGUGCCAGAAAACCCCGCAAAUUGUCCAAUCUCGGAAGAGAGGACUACUUGUUUACAAACAAAAAAGACGUAAUUUUCUCACAGAACCUCUCACAUGACAACAAUAACGGUUUUAUUGUAAGCCAGCAGCUUUUUUCUGGUGGGAUGCUGCGCGAGAUGAACAGAGGCGCGAUUCACGUCCAGUCUACUGUCGAGUAACCAAAUAAGGACAUAAAAUAGAGGCAGGUCCCAAAAUCUCAUAAGCUGCCUGUCUAGAUAGAGUUCUUGACGUCAGGCGCGUUCCGAGAGCAGGCGAACUGCUCGCGCCUAUGAUGCUCUGAUGCUGUCUAGAAACAGGGGGAGCAUGGCUGUGACGACAAAAAAGUGCAACGUGCUUGUGCUCGUGUCUCGCUCUCCAUAAAACCCACGAGCGCGAGAGUGUUUCAUCACACACCAGCAACUACCUGAUCGACGCACGAGUUCUGCAAACAUAAACGUAGAGCCUUUUCCAAAGCCAGAUUUGUGCUUAACCAAAUAAGUUUGGUUUCACUGCAAGAAGAGGAAGAACAAAACCUCUGUCUCAGUUACAAUAACUGGCUUUCGCAACAAAGAGCAGAAUGGAGAAGAUGAAAGACAGUAAGAUGAAGCAGGUGACACACUACCUGGUGUUCUGUGUGUCCACGGCCGUCAUCGGCUCGCUGCAGUUCGGCUUCAACACAGGAGUCAUCAACGCACCCGAUAAGAAAGUGCAGAACUUCAUCCGAAACGUGACUCUAGAGCGCACUGGAGAGACCAUGAAGGACACCACACUCACAAAUGUCUGGGGUAUCGCUGUUUCCAUUUUCAAUGUUGGCGGCAUGGUUGGGUCUCUUAGUGUUGGUGCUUUGGUUGACAAACUUGGGAGACGAAAAUCAAUGCUGCUGUCCAACAUCCUGGCUCUGAUUGGUGGAAGCCUGAUGGGCUUAUCCAAAGUCUCCGCCUCCUAUGAGCUGAUGAUAGUGGGCCGCCUGGUGAUUGGUGUGUUCUGUGGUCUUUGUACAGGACUGACACCCAUGUAUGUGGGUGAAAUUUCACCAACGGCACUGCGAGGGGCUUUUGGCACCCUUCACCAGCUUGGGGUGGUCAUCGGCAUCCUGGUUGCACAGAUCUUGGGUCUGGAGUCAUUGCUGGGGUCUCAGUCUUUGUGGCCAUUAUUGCUGGCUUUGACGAUCCUGCCUGCAGUGUUACAGACUGUUAUGCUGAUCUUCUGCCCAGAGAGCCCUCGAUACCUGCUGAUCAGUGUCAACCAGGAGGAUGAGGCACGCAAAGUGCUGACACGUCUUCGUGGGCAUUCAGAUGUGGAGGAUGAUAUUCGUGAGAUGAAGGAAGAGGCCAUGAAGAUGUCCAUGGAGAAAAAGGUUUCUAUUCCGGAGCUGUUCCGUAACUCCGCCUACAGACAGCCCAUUAUUAUCGCCAUAAUCCUGCAGCUGUCCCAGCAACUGUCCGGCAUCAACGCUGUAAUUUAUUACUCGACAGAGAUCUUCCGAAAAGCCGGUAUCACUGAGCCAGUCAUUGCCACCAUUGGAAUGGGUGCAGUCAACACUCUCUUCACUGUCGUCUCUCUCUUCCUGGUGGAGAGGGCAGGGAGAAGAACACUUCAUAUGAUUGGACUGGCUGGAAUGACUUUUUGUGUUCUGCUCAUGACUAUUUCUCUUAAACUUGUGAACCCUGCAGACCCUGUUCAGAAUAGCACUGUCAUCGCCAAGACUGCAUCUGAAGCGGGAAUUUCAGCAGUCAGCGUUGUGGCCAUUCUGGCAGUGUUAGGAUUUGUGGCCAGUUUUGAGAUGGGACCAGGGCCUAUCCCAUGGUUCAUAGUGGCAGAGUUAUUCGCUCAGGGUCCACGUCCGGCAGCCAUCGCUGUGGCGGGAUGCUGCAACUGGACCGCCAGCUUCAUUGUCGGACUGUCUUUCCCACCACUAUUGGAACUGUGCGGCCCGUAUGUGUUUAUCAUAUUCCUCAUCCUCCUCAUCAUCUUCUUCUUGUUUACCUACUUCCGGGUUCCCGAGACCAAAGGCCGGACAUUUGAGGACAUUGCCAGUGGAUUUUCCAAUGUCGCAGGGUCCAAUGCUGCCAACUACACGUCCCCAGAGGGUGCCGUCACUAUGCCAGUGUCCCCAUCAUCAGACAAGAUUCAGAUGACUGAGCUGGCUGGACAGGAGAAAAGUGGAACAAACCUAUAGAGAAAACCCAUAAUCUACACACAAGAUUGACACCCUAAAUGGACAGAUGCAGCUAAAUAAUGGGCAUUAUUAUAAAGGAAAUAGCUUGGAGGUAUUAGCUUGGAUGGUAUUGAAAGCCUUUUUAUAAUUGGCAAUUUUAAAGUCAUUAUGGCGCAAAUAAGUGUUACAUGUAGUUGCAGAUGCAUUAUGAUAAAUUGCUGAAUGUUUAGUAAGAUAUAGAGUUUAGUUGUAUGUGUAAUUGUAUGUGUAUUCUACUGAGCACUAAGCACUUGUCCAUAAUCAUGUGGAAUAUUAAACUGAUUACUAUGACUUGUAUUUAAAUAGUUAAUUAACAAAUUUCUCAUAUUGCCCAAAGACUUAAAUCAGACUUGCACUAAUUUAUGCACUAAUCAGACUCUCUGAUGGCCUUUAAUACUGCUAUCCAUUAGACAACUUGUUGUGCCAUGAGUAUCUGGUCUUUUGUGCAAAGGAGUUCUCAUGGUCAGUGUCAAACUAGAAACAGAACCUAGAAACAGAAUCUGAAAUAAUUCUUCUUUAUUUUACUAUUUAAUUGGAUUUAAAAUCCUAGAUUUUCAAUAUAGUUUGAGUCCCACUGUACAUGUUCAGUUAUGUAUUUAAGCAUGUGACGAUGUUUAUGUAGGUUAUACUGUUUUAUAAGUCUUGCUGAAGGUACGGUAGGAAUUAUCAGUGUUUAAAUGGUGUUACUCAUCCCUGAAGUAUUUCUCAUAACGGCUGUCACUCCACCUGACUGUACGAACACUACUGAUACAGGAUCAUAUGAAAGUUAAUCAUGACAGCCCAGCAAUCACAAGCACACAUUUAUUGUUUAACAUGGACCUAUGUGCAUCUGAUAUUUUGAGUUUUUAAUUAGACUCCAUUUGAUUUUGGGGGUAAUUAGGACUGUUUACUGUAAAAGUAUUGCUCAGCAAUGUAAAUAUGAAUAUAUUUUGGUUUGUUUACAUUUAUUACUGCAUUUUGUUGCACUCUGCAUGAUGGAGAUUUUUUUUAUGAAUGUUUUAUAUAUAUUUAUAUAUUUUGUUUUAUUUAUAGCUUUUAUAAUUAAAUAUAAUUAAUUUUGUUUCGAAAUUUUUAUGUUUUUACUUUUGCUUCAAGCACAGUGUCCUAAAUUUGUGUAUAUUUAAUACUGUAAGCACUUGGAAGCAUAUUUUGUGAGAUUGACAAUAUUAAAACAUUCCCUCAUGAUUUGA